AUGGAGGUCUCACGCAUUGCUACUAGGGCACUGAUUGUGGCACUGGUGGUGAUUGUAUCAGCAGCCGUGUCUGCUACGGCGAAGGCGAACGACGAGGGCGGCAGCCUCUGCGGCAUGAGCCAAGACGAGUUGUUGGAGUGCAAGCCGGCGGUGGCUACGGGCAGCGCGGCACCGCCUCCGCCUUCGGGGGCCUGCUGCGCGGCGCUGGGACACGCGAACCUGACGUGCUUUUGCAGUUUCAAGAACAACAAGUACUUGCCUAUGUUUGGAAUCAAUUCAACUCGGGCCAUGGAGCUGCCUUCCAAAUGUGACCCCAAUCAAACCGCGCACUGCUGA